CUCGGCGCCCUCGGGGCGGCAGCGGCGGCCCCGGGCGCGGCGGCGCGGCCGGCGGCGGCACCACGUGUCGGGGCGGGGGAGCGGCGGGGCCGGGCCGGGCUCCGCCACCCCCAGCGCCGCAGCGGCACCAGCAGCAGCAGCGGGAAGGAGCAGCCCGGGCUUAGCGCAUCCUCCUCGCCCAUGCCAGGUGCCUGUCCCCGGCUGCGCGGUGACUGAGGAGCGAUGGGGCCUCUGCGGGAGAGCAGCAAGGAGCAGAAGACGCAGCUGGAGAAGGAGACAGCCCGCAGCCGCAUUCCCCGCCUGGUCCUCCGGCCGCAGCAGAAGGUGUCCCCCGCCUCCGAGUCGCCCUUUUCGGAAGAGGAAAGCCGGGAAUUCAACCCGCCCAGUUCCUCCGGGGGCUCCCGCAGGACCAUCAGCAGCAACAGCUUCUGCUCAGAUGACACUGGCUGUCCUAGUAGCCAAUCAGUAUCUCCAGUUAAGACUCCUUCUGAUGCUGGAAACAGUCCAAUCAGUUUUUGCACUGGUAGUGAUGGAGACUUCUCCAGGAAGAAAUUCAGUCCAGGGACAAUGAGCGAAGGGAACCCGCAGCUGGCUCGAUACAAGAAGGAGGCAAAGGCAAGCCUAGUAAAGCCCGAUGUACGGAAAGUGGGACAGCCAGCAUUAGAGAGAGACUCUCGCCUGAGGAUGCCUGCAGCCUCGAGAGUACCGGUGCGCUUGGUCCGUGAGAGAGCCCCGGCUCGCACCGCGCCUCCGAGGAGUGAGGCUGAUUUUAGCUCUUCAAGCAGCACGGGCAGUAUUUCAGCGCCUGAAGUCCACAUGUCUACUCCUGGAAGCAAGAGAUCUUCUUUUUCUCGCAACCGUGGCCCUUACGGUCGGAAUAAUGGAUCCUUAUCCUACAAGACUGGAGCCAGCCCACCUGCUUCCCGCGAAAAGGACCCUCUGUCAACACUGUGCAAAAACCAGCUGAGUCCUGCUAACAUCCAUCAGAGUUACAGGGCUUCUUCAGCCAGCAGCAGCAACUCGGGCUCGUACAAAGGAAGCGACAGCAGCCCAGUGAUGAGGCGAUCAGGGAGGUACAGUUCUUGUGGUGACAAUCACGGCAUUAAGCCACAAAAUCCAGAGCAGUAUUUGACUCCUCUGCAGCAGAAAGAAGUUACAGUACGGCAUCUGAAAACAAAGCUGAAGGAAGCUGAGAGCAAGCUUAAAGAAAGGGAAACAGAAAUAGAAGAGCUCAAAGGUCAGCUGGUACGGAUGAGGGAAGACUGGAUUGAAGAAGAGUGUAAUCGUGUGGAGGCAGAGCUGGCCUUGAAGGAAGCAAAAGACGAAAUUAAACAACUCAAGCAGGUUAUUGAAACCAUGAAAAACAGCAUGGCUGAGAAAGACGAAAAGAUUCAGAAGUACUUCCUAGACAUAAACAUUCAAAACAAGAAACUGGAAUCCUUGCUGCAGAGCAUGGAGGCGGCUCAGAACAGUUCUGUGAGGGACGAGCAGUACCUGGAAAACACAUGUGACUCGGAGGAGAAGUCAUUCGCACUGUGUGCCACAAUGCCAGACAGCUUCAUCAUGGAGGACCAGGUUCUGGAGGAGGUGGCAGACAGUGGGCUGCUUCUUAAUGAGAACACAGCUAAUGGCACUGACUUGUCUGAAGAGAGUUUGACCACAACUUCUGUGUGGAGUGAUGCAGCUUCCUCUGGCGCUUCUGUGGAUAAGGAGAUGCUUGGAAAUGUUCUGUAUGAAAAACUAACUUAUUCCCAGGGUGAGAAGAAAAGCAGCGUUCUCAUGGUGGAACAGGCCAUCCAAACUGACGUGGUACCAUACAGCCUAGACAUGGAGCAGCUCAUUCAAAACAUCUUCAGAUGUCAAGAUGCCUGUCCGCUAAGCCCACCUUCAUCACUGAAGGAACUGAGUGAAUUUUCUCAUGGAAGCGUCAGUGAUUCUGGCAUCGUAGUUGAUUUAACUCCAACGGAUCCAAACUCUGCUAUCCUUUUAUCUCCUAUGGAGUCCCCGUGCAGGCAAGUGGAGCACAGAGUUAAGGAAAAGCGUUUCAUGAAAGAACUUGAUUUUACUGAAGCUGAUGAUGAGGAGGAGGCCUUUGGGUUUGUCAAUACCAUCUCUCAGGCAGCAGUAAAGAAGACAUACUGGAGCAGCAGUCUCCUGAAAGAUGUCCUGGCUGUCGCAGCCCCUGUAGUACCCACUCUUAUGUGGGCUUUCAGUACCCAGCGAGGAGGAACCGAUCCCAUUUACAGUAUUGGAGCACUGCUUCGUGGUUGCUGCCUGGUGGCCCUGCACUCUUUACGCCAUGCUCCCUUCACCAUCAAAACCUAAAACCCAUUCUGUCCCGCGGCAUCAACUACCUGGGGCAGAAAGAGGGAUGAGAUGUCAUAAAAAAUUACUGUUAUUGUUCUGGCAGAGUUCAUAAUUUUGGUUUUGACUAUAUGAUUUGCACUAUAAAUUUGUUCAAAAACAUUGUUUCAAAAUGGAAAAGCUGAACACUGUAGUUCCACAAGGUGUUUUCAACUGGUGUUUUUAACUGCUGCCUAAAGAAUUAGGUCUCCUGCUCCCAGGCACUGUGUCCUUUCCCUGGUUUGGUAUCUUUCUGCUACCAGCACAUCUGCAGAAUGAAGAUGUGGAAAUAAAGAAUUACAGCGAGCACUCUUUUGUGUUUGUUUGCUGAGUUAAGCUCAGUUUCCCUGAGCAAAUUUUAAGUGCUUUGCACCAGCUCAAGGGUGUGAGAUGUGCCGGGAGCCACGGCCAGAGGAUUGUGAGCUAUUUCCUCAGGCAGCACCAGACUACAACAUCUGUGAAACUAUAGUGUUAAGUAAGUGACACAGAGACUUGUUCCCACAUGUACGCCAAACGCAUGCUAGCGCUUUCUGUUUGUUGUCUGAAGUGUUGAUUCGAUUUAGAGGCAAGCCCCAUACCCCCCAGGCAGCUUCCACUACAUCAUUCGUGCCUGUCUUGUGUGGUGCUCUUCUCAAUCAUACAACUGCUUGAGCAUUUCACCAGUCUUGUGCAUACACGGGGACUGUAACCAAAAAUGUACGUUGUUGGGAAGUCUUGAAAUGUUUUAAGUAUAGGCGUGGAUACACUUGAAAUAUUCAUGUUGUUUUAAAGUUUUAAUGUGUUUGAACCUGGUAGUUAUUCAAGCCGUUUGAAAUUAUAGAUAAAUAUAUAUGUUAUUGUGUUUUAACUUAUUGUUUAUUUAAUUGUUUUAUUGUAAAUUACCUUUAUAAUCACACGUUCAGUAAAGCAUGUUAGAAGUGUUAAA